AUGCCGUCACUGUCGGAACGAGAAUUCUUCAUUGUGAUCCAUGCACUUGCUGCUACUGUUUCAGUAAGUGAGCAAAGAUCCUUUCGACGAAACCUUGUUUGGUUCCUUCCCGUCUCAAGUUGUUCUUGUCUGUCGCUCGUUGUUUUGCGUCUCGACUCGAUCUCCGAUGGACCACAAGAAUGCGUCAAUAAGACAAGAGUCUUCGAAAAGGAAAAGUGUCUUUCCUGCGGAACGAAGAUUAGAUUCUGUACUGCGGCCGACGUCACCGAAUACAAGCCCAAACCAGAGAUAAAUCCCAAUCAUAACAUUCAGCAAAAGACUAAAAUAUGGGCGGAGAGAAUGUACACCGGGACGUAUCCUCAAAAAAACGGAGAGCGCGUUCCAUUCCCAAUCAGCAGAAUGGUUGUACGAUUCCGUGACGAUCUGAACCAGUUGGUGUUCGAAAGCAACUUCUUGCAUCGUCAACUCAUGCGAGAGCUGAGACGCAAGGAUCGAGUUUCAGCGACGCAGCUGGCAAAGCAAAAGGCAAACUUCGAGAACAUUUUCAAUGAACGCAAAAGAUCCUUCGAGCAGGGCAUCCGUAGCCGAGAUGAGGAGAUCCACGGACUGCGGUCGGCAAAUGCAAAGCUGGCGGAAGAAUUGAAAGAGCAAAGAGAACUUGCUGCCGACCUGCGGAACCGGCUCUAUGGUCCCACCUCCAACAAGAGUGGUCGUACCGGUAGAGGACCAACAUCUUCGCAGCGAUCUACUUUUGACCCCUCUGCAGCGUUCCACUCUUCUGAUUCUAUCACUAGAGAGUUUGAUCAAGGAAUACCGAUAGAUGAUACCGCUUCGUUGCAAGAAAGUUUCGGUAGUCACGUUGGGCACGGAGGAAGCUUCAAUCGGCAGGCCAUGGCCAACUCGAGCUCUGCAAGCUACCAGGGAUAUCCUCCUACCGGUACGGGCGAGCGGCGUUUGAAUAAGCGACGUGCUGUGAGCGUGAACGGCGGUGGUCAACGACCAAUUCCAGCUCACCACCGAUCAUCUCCGUUGGGAGCCAGUGGAAACUAUGGGUACCAAGACGCUGCUCGACCGGCAUCCUAUCAACACGGCUAUGGUGGUGGCGGCGGCGGCUAUUGA